AUGGAUCUCCCAACAUUCACACCCAGUUUUAUCCAGCUUGAAAAUAAGCAUCUCAGUAGAAGCGAUGCUUAUCAUUCUUCAAUGUUCUGGGAGAAGGCUAUUCCCAGACUUGCUCGCCACACCAUAUCAGGCCAGGACCAAAAGGCUGUCACGGAUAGAUACAAAGCAAAGUGUGUCGAAUACUAUGGAGAUACAGUCUACAUUAGUUACUUUUUGUACUGUUGGGAUAAAUCUAUCUCGCAUUAUUUUUUUCCUGGUGAAAGUUUCGUCGGAUCUGAUCCCGAUCCAACAUACUCAGAAGUCUUUGCGCAAUACUUUAAUGAGCAGGCGCAGGUCAGAGACGAAUUGAACGAGUGUGGCGUUCAGGUAACGGAACAAGUUCAUGUCUUGUUGAGCCUUAGCAAGGUUUAUAACAAUCAACUCCAGCUCGCACGCAGACCCCCUAGAUAUUCACCCGGUGAUUUUCCAGUGGUUACCAGCAGUGCAGGUGGUCAUAGUGGCGCUCGAGAGCCGAGUCCCCAAGGCAGUACUAUUGGAAGCAUUCCAGCGGAGGACCAUGAUGCCGAGUUGCCCGAGAAGAAGAGACGAAUUGAGAAGGCUGUUACUAAAGUCUUAAGUGAAGGGCUAGAUCUCGAUUGGGUCAUGGUCAAAGAGAUUCAAGAAGAGGGUUGGGUCUUAGUUGAAAGGGAAUCAAGAUGA